CUGAAUUAUAGACAUCGUCUACAAGUAAGUACUUUCCGUGGUCGUGAUGGAGAUGGACAGCGGCAUCAUUCUACAUUACCUCCUCCUCCUGAUCCUCCUAUAAUCCCCCUCUCUAGAGUUCCAGACCGUCCAAAUCUUGGAACUGUCAGGAGUACUGGAAGUCCUGCAGGAGUUUUGAAUGCACAAGGAGAAGUCGUGACACUUGGAGGCAGAACCGGUCCAAUUAUAAUACCUACUACUUCAAAUCGAGAUUCGGCACCUCCUCAGGCGGAAACCGGGGCAAAUUCUAUUGUAUCCGAACACUCUACACCGCAGUCAUCGACUCGUCCUCGUUUCCCUUCUAUUCUUCGGAAGACAGAUACAUCAACACCAUCACCGCUUCCAACCUUGCCGCCUCCACCACCACCACCAAAUAUUGGCAAGCAGGUGCCACCGCCGAGACCGCCACCCACAUCGCGUCCUUUACCUCCCCAUCGGUUGAUCACGGCGCCCCGUCCGGUGCCUCCUCAUCGGCUCAUCAAAUCGCUUCCUCUUCCUACAGUGCCACCUCUGCGAACUCAAAAGGUGAACUCAGAGUCUAGCAGUUCGAGUAACACACCAGAGCCUCCCAAGGAACAAGAGCAUGCCUCUGAGUCGGCUUCUUCAUCAUCAACUAUAUCGUCAAUAGAUAAAGCAGCACCUUCAACGGAUAAAACAACACUCUCAUCUGAGGAACAAAAUCCGCAGGAAAAAGUAUUUGUGGAAAAGGAUAUGGAUCCAUUGAGCAUACUGGCAGCGGUAUCAGAAGCAGCAAGAGAUGGUGCCGUGCAAGGUAAGGCCUCUAAGACGUCUGCAUCAGCUACCCAACCCUCAAAGACUACACAAGCGGCAAAGGAUGAAGAAGAUGAUGAAUAUGAAGAGGAGUUGUAG